CAUCCGUCGGUGGGCACUGCGCGAGAAGCGGGAGCGCUUCGGGGAAGCUGCAUGUAGCCGGCGGGAGGGUGAGGAUCGCGCUCCCCACCGCUCUCUCUGCCUUGGUUCGCCGCCCUUUCCCGACAGCUUCUGGAUUCCCAAACGGGCCCCUCUCAAAGCGUGUGCGCGCUUCCGCUCAGCGCCCCUCGGCAAGAUGCGCCCUCGCAAACUUCUCCUGUGCCUGCUUUUCCUCUCCGCGCCUUGCCUCGGCCUAGUCCGGGGGCUCUUUCUCUUCGGGGAGCCCGAGUUUUCCUACAAGAGGUCUAACUGCAAGCCCAUCCCCGCCUCCCUGCUGCUGUGCCGCGGGAUCGAGUACCCCAAUAUGAGGCUGCCCAACCUGCUGGGCCACGAGACCAUGCAGGAGGUGCUGGAGCAGGCAGGCGCCUGGAUCCCGCUGGUGCAGAAGCAGUGUCACCCGGACACGCGCAAGUUCCUGUGCUCCCUCUUUGCCCCCGUCUGCAUCGUCGAUCUGGACGAGACUAUUGAGCCCUGCCAUUCGCUUUGUGAACAGGUGAAGAACAGCUGCGCCCCGGUUAUGUCCGCCUUCGGCUUCCCUUGGCCUGACAUGCUGGACUGCAGCCGCUUUCCCCUGGACAACGACCUGUGCAUCCCCCUGGCUAGCAACGACCACGUCCUCCCGACUCCUAAAGAAGUGCCAAAAGUUUGUGAUGCCUGCAAAAGCAAGAAUGAAGAUGACAAUGAAAUUGUAGAAAACCUUUGCAAAAAUGACUUUGCUCUAAAGAUAAAAGUGAAGGAGAUCGCCUACAUCAAUGGGGACACCAAGAUCACUCCGGAAACAAAGAGCAAAACCAUCUACAAGCUUAACGGAGUGACGGAGAGGGAUCUGAAGAAGACCGUGCUCUGGCUGAAGGGUGGCCUGCAGUGUACCUGUGAUGAGAUGAACGAUAUCAAUGCACCGUAUUUGGUGAUGGGACAGAGGUUGGCCGGGGAGCUGGUUAUCACCUCUGUCAAGCGAUGGCAGAAAGGCCAGCGAGCCUUUAAGAGGUUCUCGCGCAGCAUCCGCAAGCUGCAGUGCUAGUGGCUAGUGGCCCUUUCCAGCCACGUUUCCUGUGGUUACCAUGCCUGAAGAUAUUUCACAUCUUCCUGCUGCAGCCAUAAUUGCGCGGCAGCAUGAAAGGGCCUCUUCUUUUAGGAAGAAAAGACUCCCCCUUCUAAUGUUGUACAUAUAAUAAACUAUAAUGACCCAAAUCAUGAUUUUUCUUAGGUAUAAUUGUUUUUAAAAUGUGCUGUUUAGAGCUGUGCAAAAUGUAACUUGGACCUUCUUUAAUUAUUCAUAUUGGAUGUCCAUUUCGAGUGGUAUGUUCUGCCUGGCUAACGUUUCUGCAUAGGCUGGGCGUCCAUUUGGGCCCUGGAGAGAACUUGUUAGGUUUAGUUUUGUUCAAGUAAAAAAAAAAACCACCACAAUGUGGGAGAUAACAAUGUCCAAGUAGGAGUUAUUUUUAUAGUUUGCAUUUAAAAGACAAACUUAAUUUAAAACACUUUACUCUUAUAGACAUUAUGAUUCAAAGAUGGGCAAAAAGAGGCCAAGAAUGUCAUGAGAGCUGCUUUCCGCAAAUCCUCCACAGUUAUCCAUGCUUAAGGCUUCUAAUGUCCCUGUGCUUAGAGUGCACUCAUGCACACUCCUUGUGGGGAAGUGCCACUGCACAUUAUGGACUAGCUUCUGUCAACAUGCAGUGAGUUGUACUGGAAGCUUGCUAUAGGCUGCUGCCGUUACAAUGUCUUGUUUUGCCUUUAAAUAUUAGGCUUAAUUUUAUCUAAUCAGGAAUGUGCCAUCUAGUUUUAUUCAUUAUAGACAAAUAAUCUGUGCGCAUGUGCUACUUGUGCAAGAACUGCAUCAAUAAAGGCAUAUUAAUCAUCUGCACACAGUAUUUUAUACAAAGCUGUAGUACUAAUUGUUUUAAAUUGACCUAAUACGCCUUUGAAGUGCUCUGUUUAGUGCUUCACAAAUUAAAGCUUUCUUCAGCCUAACUGUAAUGUAACUAGUAGUUAUUUGAAAAAAGAGUUGUAAAAUAUUACUUUAACAAACCUUGUAAAUAUUCCAGAUAAACGUCAUAUUCUUGUACAUAAACUUUACAUCACAGUUUACGCUUUGUCGUGUUUUUGUCUUCAGGUUUUGUGAAAAGAGCUCUUAU